UAAGUUACAAUUAAGUAACAUUAUGCGAGUGUUGUGUACUAUACUUGUUGUCGCGGUGGUGGCCUGCAGUGCUGCGCCGGGAGGUUCUGAAGAUGAUGGGAGGUUAGAGCUUUUUUCAGGAGUAGCUAUAGAACGGGAUGCGAAAGGUGAAGAAAAACUUAAUGUAAAAUUCGAGCCAGGAGAACUGCGGGAGGCGGCAAGGACUUUUGAAGAAGCCCGAGGAAAAAUAAAGAAAUACACACCCCUACUAGCUGGUAUUGGAGUCAAAGUGAUUGCUGUGAUCGGUCUACUCUUUGGGGCUCUAACACUUCUCGUCACUAAAGCACUGGUGGUCGCUAAGUUGGCCUUCCUUGCAGCUGCUGCGCUUGGUCUACAUAAGUUACUGAGUGGAGGUGGACUUAAUAACUUAAGCGGAAAGAUAACCGGUUUCCAGUCAUCACCACAACAAUGGACGUCGCCCACAGCAUCUGCCGCUUCUUACCCGUACGCAAGAUCUGCAAGCUUAGUUGCUGACGCUAACGACUUAGCAUAUAAAGCACAAAUCAACACAUAA